UUGAUGUCACUAGUGUAGGUAACCAUCAAGAAUACUAAACGUCACAUGAUAAAAACGGGUGUGAGCGCUGUUCUCUUACUUCGUACAUGAAAUGUUCUUAUUUUAAAUAUUUCGAAAACACUACGUUGUUAACAUAUAUUUUAAAGUUGAAAUUAUUCAUUUGUUAGCGUUUUCGUAUUUCUCUUAAGGAAAACACGUAAAACAGAAAUUAAAAGUAACACAAUGAGAUACAUCUUGGGCACUACUUUUGCAGGCACUGCUUCUGCAACUACUCUAGUAUUAGUAUUGUAUCAUGUAUUUACUGGAAAAGGAGAGCGUGUUAGCGUCGCCUGGUUUUUAGAAAAUACAUCACCACAUAUGUGGGCAACUCUUGGUAUUGGUCUUGCAGUUGCUCUGUCUGUAGUUGGUGCUGCAUUAGGCAUUCAUACCACAGGAGUUUCAAUUAUUGGAGGUGGUGUAAAAGCUCCAAGAAUCAAAACGAAAAAUUUAAUUUCUGUAAUAUUUUGCGAAGCUGUUGCUAUUUAUGGAUUAAUCACUGCCAUUGUGUUAUCUGGAAUGUUAGACGAAUUUAGUUAUCCUAUUCAAAAGGAAGAAGUUCGCAAUCAAAAUUGGUUAGCCGGCUAUUUAAUAUUUGGAGCUGGCCUAGCUGUUGGUCUUGUUAAUCUCUUUUGUGGUAUAGCCGUUGGCAUUGUGGGUUCUGGUGCAGCUCUUUCUGAUGCAGCAAAUUCUGCUCUUUUUGUUAAGAUUCUAAUUGUAGAAAUCUUUGGCUCUGCUAUUGGACUCUUUGGAUUAAUUGUUGGAAUUUAUAUGACGUCUAAAGUAAAAAUGGGAGAUAAGGUAUAAGUUUAAAAUAAAUAGAAAUGCUACGAAAAAAACCAUGAAGUAUUUUUUAGAAUCACAACAUUUCAUUCCAUAUUUAGUGACGACUAAA